CAGGAUUGUAUGGACAAGAAGUGAGGAUCCAGAGAGGUGACUGCAUAGUUAAAAAAAAACCACUUCAGUACAUAGUCAAAAACAAAGAACUGAAAUUGAUUGGGUUGAAGCCUGUAUAAUGGACAAGUCUCUUUGUCAAGUGGACAGUGAGGCCUCUAACUCCCAUCUUUGACAUUUUGAAGGAAGCAAUCGGAAGUUUCUGCGGCCCAGACCCCAGUGACCACUCUUGUCACAGCUCCAAAAAAGUGUCCACUUGAUUUAUCAGACGAGGAAAUGAACAUAGAGCCUGAUGAGGAUGCUUGGAAGGAGAUUUUGGGGUCUCAAAGUUGGAUGGACGAUGAUGAGUUACGGCUUUUAAAUAACAUUAAGGCACAAUUACCCCGGAAGGAUAAAAAGAUUUACCGCACAAGACUCGAAGAAAUCGAUUGGGAAGAAGCGGCAUUUGGGAAUUUUACAGCUGGCGACUGUAAAAGUCAUUUUGAAGAAAUUUUAACAGGGAUUAAAUCAGUGAAAAAACCUGCCAGAACUCAAGUUAAAGAUGAGAAUCUAGUUACCUAUUCAUCGUUUCCAAAGAGACGCUUUGGAUAGAGGUCAUAAGCAAUUCACCAGUUGGG